GGGGACAUCGGAGUGUCGGACAUCGUCGCCUCGUCCGGUGUGCGACUGUGCAAUAUAGCAAUAUAUUCUAUUAUUUUAGUAAUAGGUAUUACCACAGACUACAGUGGCGUGAACCGACAAAGUACAUUGACGAGUUGCCCAACACGGUCGUUACACUCAAGGCUUGUUGUACGCCGAUUGACCGAUUAUGGACAAAAAAAGAAAAUUCUUUCGAAAAGGCGAUACGAUUUUUACCGAUAAACCGUUCGUUCACGCACUAAAGUCUACGUACAAAAAUGAAAAAUGUGAUUAUUGUUAUUCCGAGGAGACUCUGUCUAGAUGUUCAGGGUGUCAAUACAUCCUUUACUGUAAUCGUACAUGCCAGAAGCUAUCCUGGACUGAACAUAAGCGAGAAUGUUCUAGACUGAAAAAAAUUUAUCCUAAAAUACUACCAGAUGCUGCACGGAUUAUGUCAAAAAUACUAAUCAAGCUUAAGAAUGGAGGUAGUACAGAAAAAGGUUACUACACAUCUAUUCGUUAUAGAACAUUCAAGGAUCUUAUGUCACAUUAUCCUAAUUUAAAAAAUGAUGAUCAUCGAUUAGAACAUUUCUCUUCAUUAUGUGGAGUAUUGAAAGAAUACAUGGGCGAAGCAAAUCUUCCUAAUCCUAUUGAAUUACUUGGAAUUUACGGUCGGAUGUGCAUUAAUGCAUUCAAUAUAUUGGAUAACAAUUUGAACACUAUCGGAACUGGAAUAUAUUUAGCGGCUUCAGUAAUAAAUCAUUCAUGUGUACCUAACGCAACUGCAACAUUUGAUGGCACUACAUUAAGAAUUGGUGCUAUAACGGAUAUCGAACAUACUGAUCCAGAAUUGCAUGUAUUUAUAUCAUAUUUGGAACUUAUGCAAACUACUUCAGAAAGAAGAAGUGAAUUACAAAACAAUUAUUACUUUUUAUGCGAAUGUAAACGUUGUAUAACAAAUUAUGAGCAAAAUUUUGUGAACUCAAUGAUUUGUGGCAAUUCUGAUUGCCAGGCUGCAGUUCCUAUGAAAAACAAACGUAAAGAGAUUUUGGAUUCAAUUAGUUGUUCUAAGUGCAUGGAAAAAAUCAGUGAAGAUAAAAUUAAAACCUUUUACGAUGUAACUGAUUUCACUGAAUUUCAAUUAAGUAAAAUGAAAGAUAUUGGUUAUCUUGAUGUUUGUAAAAUGUGUCUAGAGAAACAAAAUGGUAUUUUUCAUCCAGACAACAUUAACCAUGUUAAAAUAUUAGACUUGGCUUUUGAAAGUGCUAUAAAAAUGGAGCAAUGGAAAGAAAGUUUGAAGUAUGGAAAUCUUUUGAUUGAUGGAUAUAGGGUUUAUUAUGGUGAUUGUCAUCCGUCUUUAGGUAUUCUCUACAUGAAACUAUUUAAAUUAUGUACCAUUGUUGAAAAUUCUGAAUCAGCUGUACAGUACUUGAAAGAAGGAAUGGAUAUCUUAAAAAUCACACAUGGAGAAGACCAUAGCUUAUAUAAAAAUGAAGUUGUUCCAUAUUAUAAAGAUUUAGUUCAGUAUUUUUAAACAUUAAAUAAUAAUUUAUAUAUUUGUCAUCAAAUUGAUUCUUUAUAGUUACUAGUAAUUAGUAUUAAUAUGUGUGUGCUUAAAAUUUUAAAUGUUAAUUUUACGUUAUCGUGUCUUGUCACUAUUGUUAUCAUUAUUAUUGUUUACCAUAUAACCAAAAUAUACUCAUACCCAAGGUGAAUGUAUCCACCUUGCUCAUA